GCAUUCCGUUGUGUGCAUUCGAAGCAAACGGACGGACGCGUUAAAAAAUAAAACUAAAAGUAUAAUACUAAAAUAAAAUAAAAACACGUUAAAUAUUUUAUUUUUAAAUAAUAAUAUUUAUUUAUCAGAGUUUUAGUUAAAGUAAAAUAUUCGAAAUUCGAAUGUGUUUAUUAAAAUAAAAGUGAUUUUUUAGUGUUGCGUGUUGGAUUUUUUUAUUGGAUUUUUACUUUUAUCGUGCCAUAAUUUAUUUAUUAAUUUUCGACCAUGGCGCCAUCUAUGAGCAUAGCAGAGUACUACGCAGGCAAAACGCUCUUCAUCACUGGAGCCACUGGUUUCAUGGGGAAGGUGAUGGUAGAGAAACUCCUGAGGGACUGUUCUGAUGUCAAGAAGAUGUAUCUACUCAUGAGACCUAAGAAGGGGCACAGCAGUAAAGAGAGAUUGGACGAACUUUUAAAUUUUAAGAUAUUCGAUCGCCUAAAAGCUGAAAACCCGAAACUGUUCGAGAAGUUACAAGUAGUGGCUGGAGACAUAUUGUCAGAAGACCUCGGUCUAUCGGCAGAAGACCGUCUUCUGAUACAAGAAGAAGCGCAGAUCAUAUUCCAUUGUGCUGCUUGCGUGAGAUUCGACAUGUUCCUCCGUGAUGCUGUAAAGAUGAACACCAUGGGUACCAAGAAGGUGCUGGAGCUGGCUGAGGGAGUCAAGAAUUUAGAGGCCUUCGUGCACGUGUCUACCUCGUACUGCCGCUGCGAGCUGCCACUCUUCGAGGAAAAGCUGUACCCCUCGAAGCACAGACCUGAGCACGUGAUGCACUGCGUCAACUGGAUGGAUGACGAGCUCCUCGGGCAUCUGCAGCCGAAAAUAAUCGAACCGCAACCCAACACGUAUGCCUACACCAAGUCUCUGACUGAAGACCUGGUAUCACAGUACGAGGGCAAGUUCCCCAUCGUGAUCGCAAGGCCAUCUAUCGUGGCUGCAGCAUACAAGGAACCUCUACCAGGCUGGGUGGACAACCUGAAUGGACCCACCGGUCUACUGGUGGGAGCUGGCAAAGGUGUAAUUCGAACAAUGCAUUGCAAUGAGAACUACGAAGCUGAUGUGGUGCCUGUCGAUGUGACGGUGAACGCCUGCAUCAUCCUAGGAUACCUAACGGGCAUGGAACGGCCCAAGAAGAUAAACUUCUGUAACAUCACACAGUCACAAAUCAACCCCAUCACUUGGGGCCAAGCUUUGGAUAUGGGCAGGGUCCAUGUCCAAGAGUUUCCAUUCACCGUCUGCCUCUGGUACCCUGGUGGGUCUGCAAAGAGCUCCUGGAUCGCCCACCAGUUCGCACUGUUCUUCACACACAUGCUACCAGCAUACUUUGUGGAUCUUCUCAUGUUCCUCAUGGGAAAAAAGACUUUCAUGAUAAAGAUCCAGAAGCGCAUCAACUACGGUCUGGAGGUGCUGCAGUACUACACCACCAAGGAGUGGCACUUCACCAACGACUACUUCGUCUCGCUGCAGAACCGGAUCUCCGAACGAGACAACCAGGUCUUCUAUACUAAUAUGAAGGAGAUGGACUGGAGCCAGUACAUCAGGAACUACAUCAAAGGAGCUCGGGAGUACUGCUGCAAGGAGGACCCCUCCACUCUGCCCGCAGCGAGGCGGCUACAGAAACAGUUAUACUACUUGGACAAAGCCGUGCAAAUCAUGGUGGGAUUACUAGUUUCAUACUUCAUUUAUUAUUAUUUUAACAUGUUAUAUUCUGUGAUCAGUUCAUAAUAUAUGUGAUUAAUUUAAAUAUUAAUUAAUAUUAAGUAAGAAAACAAUACUAUACAUAUAAAUAUUCAUUAAAAAAAACUGUUGGAGUAAACAGCAGCUCAUGUAGUGUAGAUGUCCAGUCAAUUUAUAUUGAAAUCUAGUUUGAAAUGUGAAUUUAUAUUAAUUAAAUGCCAAUUUUAGACUAAUUUUAGUAGGCAAUAAGCCCCCUUUUUUGAAAAUGUAUUAUAUUAUGAAACAUUAUUAUUUAAGACUUAUAUACCCCCUAUUACAUGGGACUUAUAACACAACUGGUGAAAUAAAAUUUCACUGCUCACCCCAUCUGAAUAUACUUUGAGAUUCAAAAUAGGUGAUUAGGUUAAAUAAGAGAUGUCCUUUUCUCUUUUAAAAACGGUGCCCUACAAUAGGAUUUUCUCCUGUGUCGUGUGUGCGUUUACAAACAUACAAGUUCACAUACACAUGACACCCAGACCCGAAACAAAAACUUUUUGCUGUUCUAUAUACAUAUAUCUAUCUCUUUCUUUCUAUCUAUUCUUAUCUCAAUUUACUUGUGGUUGGCAUAAUAUGUCUUCUUAAUCAAAUAUAUGAUAAAAGUAUGCAUAUACAAAUACUUCUAAUAGGGAUGAUGACGGGGUAUGAAAGUUAAAAAUCUAUUCAGUCCGUCAGUUAGGUAAUGAAAUAAUAUUAGACACGUAUUUUUUAUUUUGUCAUAUAAGAUAACAAUACUUAGAUAAUACGAAUCAAAGUUUAGGAGUGGGAGCAAAUACGUCAUUUCUAUAAAACGUAGGUACCUUGAAGUGACGUUACGCGAUAUUUCAAAUCGAUAUAUCUUCGAAAGUAUUUGCUUCCGUAAGAAAAUAAAAAAUACGUGUCUAAUGUUUUAAAAUAAUCUACAAGACGGACAUUGAAAUAAAAAUUAGUCAUCUACCCUAUUCGAACUAAACAUAAUUCUUGAUUACGUUUCUUAUUUAACUUAACCUCCUAUAUACCUUUUAUAGUUAUUAUAAAGCAGCCUGUAAUACUCUUUUAGUUAUAUUUAGAAUUAUUUAAUAUUAAAAAAGUAUCGUGACUGCCUCGUUGGUCAAGUGGUCGCAAGUGCGACUGCCGGACAAGGGGUCUCGGGUUCGAUUCCCGGGUCGGACAAAGUAUUACUGGACUUUUUUCGAAAAUUUCUCAGUAGUAGCACGGCGUCUGGAAUUAUGUACAGUAUAUGGCAAUAGACUCACCCUUACAUGGGACUAAUAACACACAAAUGGUGAAAAGUGAGUGCACAUUGUAUAGCGGCAUUACGUGUCGUAAUGAGCACCUCUGCCUACCCUUUCGGGGAUAAAAGGCGUGACGUUGCGUAAAAAAGUAUCGGCAAGUCCAGCGCAGGAUGUCUACCCACAAGGUGGGCUGAUGACCUGGUGAAGGUCUGCGACAGUCGCUGUAUGCAGGUCGCUUCCACCCUCGCGAUGUGUAGUCAAUGGGAAAGGACUAGCAUUGUAAUAAAAUAUACCUUAUGGAGAAACCUCUUAUGACUUAAUUUAAACAACAUCUAUAUAUUAAUACGUGAUGCAAAAACUUUGGACCCCUUUUUACGAAAAUUGCGCGGACAUAGGAGCAUACAAUUUGGUACACUUAUAGUUAAUGUGUAGGAGAAGUGCAGAACACUAAUAUUUUUCAAAAAUAAUGCUUGUAAAGUACAUUAAAUCAAUAAAUAAAACAUUACACACACUACCAUGCAUAUUAUCUGAUCGUAUUUGACAAAACGUCAAAAUCGACAGACAUUGCGAUAAUAUUCUCACGUCUCAAGAAUAGAGUUUUCCUGUUCAUGAUACGCCGGAAUAUAUUAAUUUUAAUUUUACAAAACUAAUAGCAAUUCGUUAAAUAAAAAUUAUCCUUGAACGUAUGUUAAGUGGUAUUGUAAAUUAAAUCGUAUAUGGUCGAAUUUCGACCACUAGGCGACCACUAGUAUUAGUUAUGACGCUUUUUUCUCUUUGAGCAAAUUUGAACACUAUUUACAAAUACGGCUUUAAAACAGCCGCGCCACAUGACCGUAACAUUCCUAGACAACCUACAACAUUACAGCUCUUCUGUGAUCAAGGAACAUGGAGCUGUUAAAACUGAAUUUAAUACAAUUUGAUUAAUUUAAUUAUUCACUUUGUUUGAAAAGUUGAAUGUUUCAUUUUCGGUUUUUGUUGAAAUAUUUAGUUGUAUUAUGCUUCUGUGGACGAGUACUACUUGUAGUUUCGUUUAAGUCAUAUGAGUGAUCUCCAUACUGUAUUAAAAUGUUUUAACAAAAAUACGGAGUCUAAAAACUAUGUCUGGUGUAUGACAAAUAAACUCACCCCCUAUUACAUGGGACUCAAAACAUAAUUGGUGAAAAGUGUAUGUUACAAUGUAUAUACUUCUGGCUAUCCCCUAUGGAAUUUAAAAAGCGUGAUGUUAUGUAAAGUUUAAUAAUAAUAAAUAUGUAGGUAUUUUUAAUUGUUUACCUCAAUAAAUAAUUAUGAUAAAAUUUGUAAAUUGUAGUUUGUAAUUCAUUAAUUAUUAUUAACUGAAAAAUGUAUUAAAUUAAAUAAAAAAAUCUUUAAAAAA